AACACCAAACCUGGAUUGGCAUACUCUCAACUUACAGGCAUGGCGAUACUCAGCACUGCGAAGCACGAGAUGACACUGGACAACAUCUGCUCAUGGAUAAUGUCUAAUUAUGCCUUCUACCGCUUCGCCAGCGCUGGCUGGCAGUCCAACGUGCGAAACACGCUUUUAUUAAACGAUGUGUUCACCAAGAUUCCGCGUCGAGCGGACGAACCUGACAAGGUUUCGACAUGGACAAUCAAGCCAAGCGAUUUUGACGACCUCGUGAAGCAG